UCAUUCUCAGAAGUGUGGAGAAGUGUGUAUGUUGAAGAUUAUACUGUGAUGAAAAUAUCAGGUUGUGUGGCGUUAGUGACAGGUGGAGCUUCAGGGAUAGGACGUGGACUUUGUGACGUACUGCUGCAGCGUAACGCCAAGGUAAGCUUAUUUAUUUCGUUGGAUAACCGCGAGCGAAUGAAGUAGGGCUACGUACGAACUUUUGGCGAAAGUUGCCUGAAGUCUCUGCUUCAAAGCGGGGCGAACUACGAAGCAAUUGAUUUGAAAAUGAUGUUUUAUUUAUUAUUCCCAUGCAAAUAAAACUCAUUUUCACAAGAAAGGUUUUGCAUUUAGCAAAUGGCCUAUUCACCAAUGCUAUGUGGCAAAAGUCAAUUAUAUGAUAUGGAUAUCCGAUCUAGCUGGUAGUGAUAGUGACUUGUACUGUUAAAUGGCGAAAUUACGGAUUCCUUGUGUUUAAAGCUAAGACUUUCAGUCUUGUUGAAAUCGGGCAUUGCAAGUUCUAGCUCCCGUCCCUCCUCCCUGGGGGAAUUGCCCUAAGUUUUGUCUGUUAUCCAUAUGAGUGUAAACAUCAAAAAUAACGUCGGAAAAGACUCGACUUUGUUGUUGUUUUUUUUCUCUCUAAAAGUCCAGGCAGCCAUGUGAUUUCCUGCCAAAUAAAACCUUGAGUUACAUUUGGGUUGCCAUCACCUGUUGAUUGAAUUAUUUUACAUUGGUGUGCCUGUGGUGUGGAUGAAUGGGUCGGUGGGCAAAAGUACGGUCACUUGACUGCCAAAAUUUCUCAGAUGCAUAGGUCACCAAAUUUUCUUACCCUUGGUGCUCCGCCGUGUAUGCUUCAUGCCCAUGAGAGCUCUGCUAAAAAAAUGGUUGAGGAUUGGUUGAUUUGCGUAAAUAAAGUGUCCAUUGUUUAGUUAUGUUCACAUGGCACCAGAGGAAUUUUCAAACUUGCUGAUAAAUAUGACCAGACACUUCAUUCACAUUAUGCUCUCUCUUGACACAGAAGUUGAAUGGAAGGUAUUGAAAUUUUUGCACUGUUCAGGUGGUUCCGUGUGAAUGGAACAAAUCUGCACAAAUUUUCAACACCCAGACAAAAAUUUAUCCAGUGCUGUGUGAACAUGUAUAUAAUCUCACUAUAGCUCAACUAAGGAAAGAUUUUCACAAAAAUUUUACACAAGUUAAGAGAAAGAGCGGAUCUGCAUGGAUCCCCUUUAACACUCCCAGGGGUUUCAAUAAGCACUGACGGCCGAUGAAACGCGUUGGCUACUUUGCUCGUAGAGGUCAGCUAUCAUAAAAUCUGAAUGAAAACGUAAUUAUGAUGUGUUUUCCUAAAGGCCCACUCGUUUCACAUUAUGCCUUAGUCAUAGGAAGGCUAUAUUUCGGUCAUUUUUUCGCAAGUUUCUUUAUAGGUUUACGCAAAAUUUGUUUAUGUGCAAAAGUACGUAAUUUAGUUUUCACCAAUUUGUUCAUUGCUUGUAGGAAUUGAUUGUGUGACUGAUAUUGAUAAAUUGAAAGCUACAUUUUCUUGAAUGAAAACCAGGCUCUUUUGUCCUCAAUUGCAUUCCCCAGAAUGCUCAAAAAAUCACAUUUUAGGGCUUUUUUUUUUAGAUUUCAAAAUUUUCUGAGUUAGAACGUGCCCAGACUGCACCCUCCCCCCAACCCCCCCCACACUGCUGGCUACUUCAAUAUUUAUUGAAACCUGUGCACUCCCUUGGGUAUGCCCCUUCAGGCUGCCCUCCCUGAAUCUCUGUUUAUGACUUUGCGCUGAAUUGAUUCCUCAUAAUUUUAUGGUUUACAAGGAAAUAUCAUGUUUUGUCGGGCCCGAAAAUUAUUAUUUAAGAGAAAAACGUGAGGUGGGUUUCUUUACUUAAAUUCAAAUGUGGAUUUUUUUUUAAUUCAAAGAAGGAUAAUGCUUCAAUUUCCCCAGUAGAAUUGCAGAGGCUCAAAAUUAGCCAAAAUGAAAUAUUUGCUGAGCUCUGUUUGUGGGUUUUGAAAUCAAAACCACGACAUUCAUAAUUUAUACGAAGAUUCAUGACUACAACAUUGACUACGACAUUGUUUGUGCACAUAAUGGCGGAUUCAAAAUUCAAAACUUUAUCCUUGGUACCAUGCUCCCAACUUCUCCUCAUGCACUGGCAAAUCAUUAUGCAUGGUUCAGCUGUCGCAUAUAAAAUUUUAUUUAAUCAAAUAAUAUAUUUGUUAAUUGAUCCAAAUAGUAAAUAUGAUCCACAGCCAAGGUGGAGUUCUUAAUCCAAAACCGAAUACUUUAGAUACAUGAUUUGAGGUGCUUCUUUUAUUACUGUGGAUCCAAAAAGGGUGAAAAUUAUUCAGCCAGCUGUAACUAUUACUAUAUAGAAACAGUUUUGAUUUAUACAUCACUACUUUGUCUUUAUAAUUGUGACAGAUCAAAAUUAAAUUCAGGUUAAAAUUAUUUAACUUAGGUUGACUCCAAUGUCAUCUCCUAGCCCUAAUUCAUGCAUAAUUAGGGCUAGAAGACAAAGGGAAUUGGGAAUCAACCUAGGUUGAAAAAAUGUAACCUGAAUAUGAUUUUAGCCAGUUACAUUACUAUGCUGCUCAUUUCAAACCUGAGGCAAUUUGUGUUAAAUGCAUCUAAAACUCGAUAAUACUUCAUAACUCAGUGGGUGUAAAACUGCAUGAUAGUACAAAACGAAGCCAAAAAAUUGUUAGUUAUGACAUCAUCCUAUGCAAAAUUUAUGGCAAGGAGAGGGGUGCUUGUUUGAUAUGGCUUAGGUAGUGGGGCCACCAGAGUGUGGGGCCACUUUGUUGAGAAAAUUGUAGUUAUAAUAAUACUUUCUAUUUGAUUUAGGUUGCUAUUGUUGACCUCAAUGAAGAAAGAGGCAAGGAAGUAGAGAGAAUAUUCAGUGAAUCUUAUGGAACAGGGUGUGCAAGGUUCAUUAGAUGCGAUGUUUCCAUUGAGGAUGAAUUGAAAGGUUUUAUAUGAUGUUCUUACAAUUUAGUAAUAAAAUCAGUAUAGCACAUGUUUUAGGUGAUGAGUUCAGACACUAACAUGUGGAAAUUCCAUCAAGAAGGGGCCAAUUUAAUAAACCUUUCACAAAGGUUAGUGUAAUUUAGAAGUCUGGCUGCUAUUGUUUUUGUACUCUAAAACAAUAGCCUCUCUUGUGAAUUACACUGUUAAAAGUUUCCUUGGUUUGACCCCCAAUUAUAAUUAUGUAAUAUAAGGUAACUUAAAGGUAAUCAGUUGAUGGUAUUAAACACUGGGAAAUUGACCCGGUGGUUAAUAUCCAGAUCUUUGAGCAAGUUUUCAGGACCAUUGCAGUUUCUUGAAACAUUUUAAUAUUUACUUAUUGCUACUUUUCCUUUCCCUUAAUGAAGGCUUAAUGGGAUGCUAGUGCAUGCUAGCAGUGCAUGUCUUAACAUGCAUGUGCAGAGAGAACAGUUUAGAUAAACAAAGGUGAAUAGAACUUCAACUUGACAGAAUUAAAUAAUAACUAAUAAUAACAAUAAUAAUAGUAAUAAAAAUAAUAAUGAUAAGUUGAUAUAAAUAAUUAUGACUUUGUCAUAUAAUAAUUUCCUUGCAUUCCACAUCGUGCAUGCUGAACAUUAUUAUUAUUAUUAUUAUUAUUAUUAUUAUUAUUAUUAUUAUUAUUUUUAUAGAGGCCUUCUCAAGAAUUCUCUCUUUGUGGGGAAGACUCGACAUUGUUUGCAACAAUGCAGCUGUUCUUGAUGAAGAUGAUUGGAGUAAAACUCUAAAUACAAACUUGGUAAGUUUAACUGUUCUUUUUAUAGCUACAUUUCCAUUGCAAAGCACAAACAGCAUACCCAUCAGCCAUGUCCCGUACUAUCUCCCUUUUCAGUCAGUCAAAUAACUGCAUGGUCGUCAACUUAUUAAAACUGAGUCUGCCACAGCCUAUUUUGAGACACUUUACUGAAGUAGUCAAGGCAAGCAAAAUUAAUAAACAUUUCCACUGUAAGCCAGUGAUAACCUGUGGGAAGAGGCUGGGUGCAGAAUUGUCUAUGGACUAUUUAAAUUCCAUAAGGUUUCAGUAUACCAGUCUUCACUUUUUUUAACACUUUUCUUUUUACUCGUGAAUCCUAACUGAAAUCCUACAAAACCAACUUCAAAAAGAGGGCAUUAAUAGAUUGCUAGUCAGUGCUUGACUGCUUUCCUAAUUCAGAAAUCCAAGCACUAUUCAGAAAAGAACAGUGCACGCUAGGCGUGGUAGGAUUCUGUAUCACGUAGUACGCAGAAAGGAAGGGAGAAACUCCUUGAAGAUGUCAGCUUUUUAGGUUACAGCAGCUAGACUUACAAGGUCUGGCCCAUUUUUUGCUGAUCCUGUUGUUACCAAACUUAUCAACCUAUUGUUGCGCAGGCAACCCAUUUUCCCUGAAGCUAAAAACUCAUGUCUGGGUCAUUUUUAGCCUGAAUUUCAUAUGAUUAAGUACUUCGAGUCGUUAUUACUCCCUCAGUAACGUCUGAAUCGACCAGCCGUUAAUGCCGUGCAAUGACGUCACUUCUCCUGUGCUUUAAUUCUGUUCAUACAAAAAGUAAAACACGAUUUUCAAGUGGCAAACCAAGAAAUAUCGUUGUACAUAUCGUUAUAUCGGAGCUCUCGCGCGCGAAGCGCGCCAGCGGAGCACCAUGCGUGAGAAAAUGAAGUAAUCUACCCAUUCGAGAAAAUUUGGUAACCACGUGAACGUAAACCGAGCGCCCGAGCCACCGUCCGUCCGCACCACAGGCAUACCAAUGUAAAAUAACUCAAUCAACAGGUAUAGCAACCCAAAUGCAACUGGAGGUUAUUUUGGCGGGAAAUCCCAUAGCCACCGGCGUCCUUGUAAAGCAGAGACAACUAAAGAGUCAAUAAAGACGAAAACGGAAAGCGGAAAUUGUUUCUGUAUCCGUGUUGUCUAAAGUAUUUAGCUUAGAUUAAUAGUCAUGUCCGCAAAUUUGGAAUAUAGAGCAGGAGAAAGACAGAGAAAAAGAGAAAGUAGGCGGCAAGCUCAACGAGGUAAAGGGCGACAGAGAUCUAGAGCGAGAGAUAGAAAAUAAAUGAGACAAUUUUUUGUUGAAAGAACAACAUGCAAAUUUUGUUGCGGCGGUGACAAAAUGAGAAAUGCUAGCCGCCACCAUUGCAAGGUGAAAAUAAGCAGCAGUGAAAAAAAGGGAACGAGAACAUGUAUGAUAUUCCCUCCAUAACACGUGUGACUAAGAAGUUUCUGGAAGUUUCAUUUUGUAGUCGUGCAAAACUACGGCAAAGAAAUGUACAAAAAAAGUGUGCUGCACGUACAAAGUUGCUUUUUUUUGGCUAAUUAGACCUAUUGUUGUUUUUCACCGUUCUCCGGAAUUGCCUUCGCCGCCUAGCAUUACACGAUUUUACAUUUUGUUUGAACAAACUAUAAAUAUUAUUCAGAGCUUCGCUUUUAGCCCUGGCUAAAUCUAUUUAGUAUAUACUAAAACAGUGGAUAGUGUUUUUCGGGCGCUCUGAUUGGCUACUUAAUCAGUGGAUAUCCUGCACUAUUCACUGAUUCACCUCCCGUUCCUCCGAGCGAGCGACGCCUAACUCGCGUAGGUUGCGAGCAAAAUGCUUUCCCGGUUUGCUGCCGUAACAAACUAAGAAAUUUCACAACUAAUCAAGCAAGCUAUUUCCGAAAUACAUGAAGAAGGUGACGAAGUUCGGUUUGGAAGUUUUAUCAGGUAAAGCUUUGUCUUUUUGACUUGAAUACUUAUCGAUAAAACCGGUGAAAAAGUUUUUCGUUUACAAAUGCAAAUUAAGCUUAACUCUUGCGUUACCUUAUUUAGUUGACUUGUUCAUAAAUAAGCUUAAAACUAAAUUUAAUAAUCUUUUUUACAGCAAAGGGGAGUUCAUGAUCCCGUUUCACGUACAAAUUUUGACAAAUUUCACGUAUCACGUGAGUUAUAAACCUAUUUUUACGAGUCAUGAAUGUCACCUGCUAAUCAAAGGGGUUAAAAACCAAAGACAGUCAUCAUGGACCCCGAUUCGCAUUUUAUUUGACGAUCAGAAUGUCGGUGGGGCGAUCUUAAAGGGCGUUAACGAGCAGUCGUGGAUGUGGGAAACUGGUGUCUCCAGGCAUGCGUUCAAAUUGAAAACACGUUAACGCCCCCGAUGUGACUUUUUAUUUUCUUUUAACAAGCUAAUGACUGAAGCCUCUGUGGCAAGCGCAGGUUAGUUUUUUGGUUAGUUUUACUCCUUUUCUCCCUUCGAGCGCGCGUGUGCCCUAGAAAUUUCUCCCUUCGCCCUAACAAAACUGGUGCCUUCUGUGCAAGCUACAGCGAGUGUGACCUCCGAGGCCUUUCGUUAGGGUAAUUCACUCGUUUUAACACGAAAACGAAGCAACACGAGGAUUGCCGAAGUGGACAAUACUUAAUCCCAAAGGUCACUGUUAGGGUCUGGUCUUUAGGUAGUAUUUAUCAACCACGACAAACGUAACGCAAAUAUUAAAACCAACGGCCCUGUUCAAUUUAUCUGUCCUAUAUCAUUGAUUUUUACGAAAUGCGACAAAUUAUUCACGAGUCCCGCACACAUUAUAAGAUUUAUACUACUACAUCAGAAAUUUCUGCAAUUUGAUUGGCUUAGAGCAGUGGUAUUUCAGCUUAAUUUGAAAUACCUACAUGUGAAAAUCACAAACCUUUUGUGGGUAGUAUAGUAUAAACAAAUAAUAGCACGAUUUGUACGUGAUAUUUGGUAUAAAUAACACUUGUGAUAUUUCAAAAUUGUCUCAAAUUACGUACAACAAUUUCGAAAUAUCACUCGUGGUAUUUAUGACAAAUAUCAGUACAAAUCAUGCUAUUACCUAUACAAAUCACACUUCACAUGCAUAACUGGUUUCACGGAUCACGUUCUUUUUUGGGAACUUUCACGCGUCACUCUCUCUGCUACUCUCUUCGCAUAAACAAAAUCACCGCGGAAACCACAAAGCGGUUCUAAAUGAAAAUCCUACCGACCCUCCGCAACGAUCUCAUUCGCGAUUCAAUUUAGCGAUUCAGUUUCGAAGACAAGGGCAAUUUUUCUGUUUACGAUAUUAAAAGAUUAUCGACUUGUUUGAACUCCACGCAAGAAUGCCAGGGAUGCGAUCCGCUGAAUAUCAACGACAAUCGCGCUAAAAUGUAUCAUAAUUAUGCGAACGUUUAGACAAUCAACCAAUCAAAAUCACUACCCGGUUUUCGGGUAGUGAUGUCACUGGACGGCAUUAACGGCCGGUCGCCUCAGACGUUGCUGAGAGGAGAAAACGACUCGAAGCAAUCGGAUGAAAUUCAAGCUAGGUCAUUUUAGGCGUUACCACAUUUGUGUACAAAACGAUCAGGAGAGUUCUCUAGAAGCACCAGCGAACACCAAAAAUCACCAUCUAUAUAGUCAUCACGGAAAGGGCCAACUACUCAAAGAAAAUAUUAUUUUAAAGGAGAAUACAAAAAAUCGACUGUGUGUUGUAUAAUUAUUUUGUUUCUCGACACUUUGUUUGAUGAAAAGAGAUGCUUAAUACAAAAUAAAGCAAAAUUGAUGUGGGUCCAAAAAGGCGGCAUCCUCAUGGCUAAAAUUCUUUCCAUGAUCGCUAGAAGUUCACUAAAAUGAAAGUUUUAGGGGCCCCCACAUUAAAAAUUACCCCGGGGGUAUCCCUAGAUUCCUCCAAUAGAAAGGGGGUGACCCCCUCUUGCAUAUCUACCUCUACAUGUGCAUGAAUGCCUUUCAAUCUUAUCAGAUGGGACCCUGAUCGUACUCCUGGUGUGGGCUUACAAGUUGCCUACUGAACAUCAGUUUAACUGUCACCAACAGUCUUGUGCUGUUCAUACUGUUUAUGGUAAUUAACUGGGACCAGUUGCAAAAAGCCUAAGGUAUACCUGCCAUCUUUUCCCAUGUAAAAUGCGACUGAUUUUCCUAUCCAUGUUUAACUAAAUCUCUGAAAAAGCCUGACAGCUUUGGAACAGUUCCGAAGACAUUCCGACGUCUUCUGGACAUUACCGAAGAUGUUCCGAUGAUUUUCGAAGGUCAGCGUUUGCAGCGCUUAGAAGCGUCAAAUCUCGGCACCAUCUUGCCGAGAUCACCUAUAUCUUAAAACCGAGAGGAGGUAUCGUGAGACGUUAACUUAUUGCUUAGGGCUCAAACGUGACAUGUAGCACCGUUCACUGGGCUAUUUUUGGUGGUGAUUGAAUUCAUUUGUUCACGUUGAAGGUCACUGGACAAGUUGUCCACAAAUAUGAGUCUGCUUAAGUUUGGAGUUUAAAUAAGGGGUUUGACUGAGCUGAAUGUUAGAUUUUCUGCAACUCGCCCCAGCAAGAUUGUUACUCCAGGUUGGAGUGGUAUUUAACUGAUGUCUAUCUCUUUUUGUUGGCAAAAAUAUUUAGGGUGGUGCCAUUCAUGGAACUCUUCUUGGUCUGGAACACAUGAAGAGCGGAUCUGUCAUAAUAAACACAUCAUCAACUGCAGGUACAGAUCAGCGUAGAACCAACCGACUUCAUUGAACUGAACUGAACUUAGAAGAAGGAAAGAUUUUAAAAGAAAGGUCUCAUACAUACUGUUACAGUGGAACCUGUAUAAGCUCGGUAUAAAGUUACCCACCCCCCCUUAAAUUAAGGGGGCAGUUUUCACGUUUUCAUGUUGGUCUUUCUUAGUUGAGAUUUUUCCUGUGUUCGUCUUUGUUACUUUUACCGUGCGUUGGCCGCAGAACUACAACUUCAAGUCUUAGAAAUACAGUGAAUGUACUGUCUACUUUUUUAACUUAGUGAGCUAGACUACAAUAAUUUAUGCUACCUGUAUUUUUUCAUAAUGUCACGUUUAUUCCACCGUUACAGUUUCAAGCCAGCAAUUUUGUUGAAAAUAUAGCUAUAUUAACAUUCACUUCACUGAUAAGCGAUUGGUGAGGAUGCUUGUCGAGCCCCCGGCCUCAUGAUAUUGUCAUAAGUCGUAAUAUGUGCAAGUUUACAGCUUUAAGUGCCGUUUCCCUUUUCGCAUUCAAGUCAGGUUUUAAAAACGUUUGUAAGAGAUGCAAGAAGAACCAUCAGCUUACCAAACAAUUCGAACGGUAAGGCGUCGCGCUUGUAAUUGAGUUAACAAUUCGGUCGAGAAACGAUCCCCUGAAUUAUUUUUUAGACAAUGGAUACUGGCGAGGAAUAAUUACAAUAAAAAAAAAACACAAACGAAUAGCGAAAUUAUCAGUGCAUUUAACUGGUAUAUGUCAUAUCUUGAUCUUUAGUUCAUGACUUUUUUCCUUUGACAGGCCUUUCGGCUUGGAAACUUGCUCCUGUGUACUGUGCCACCAAGCACGGGAUUGUAGCCUUUACUAGAAGUAUUUCAGAUGUGAGUUUGUCUCUGAAAUAUUGUUGCAGAACAUUCUUUUUCUUUUAGAGUAACUGUCAAUGUAUUGAGAAAAAGGUUUGAUUUGCUUUCGAAUUGCUCCCGCUUGGUGAUUGGUCAAACUAAAACGUGCAUCUUUAUGAACCAAUCAAAUGAAACCAAGGUCAGCAGAUUGUUCACCAGUAAGAGUGUUCCUGCGCUUAGCCCCUUCCACACUACAUCAGAUAAAUUUGAAAGCACUGCGUUAUUCUUACAGGCCUACCGUCUUCACUAAUCCAGGUAAACUGUCCACCGAAAGCGGAUGAAUAGUGGAUGAAUAUGACUUCAAUUUAAAAUACCUGCUUUGCGUUUUAGUGUCAAUGGAAAACUUUUUGCAGAACGCAACUUUUUGAAAACGCUGACGUCUCCAGCAACGUUGCGUUUCCAGAUUUAUAGACAUUUCUUUGCACGUCUUAGGCAAAAGUGUGGACGAAAAACAUUUUAUGCGUCAGUGUGCACGGGGCGUAAGCUAAAACAAACAAAAAACGCUCACUCUGUGCUGAAAUGUGACAAGAACUGUACCUCUUAAACCCCGUUUACAUUACGUUUAAAUUAGAUCAAUUUAGGUUUCCGGGAAACUGUCCACCCAACCCUCCCCUAAGCCAUCAUUUUGCCCUAAGCGAGAAGUUGAGUGUUAAUGUUAGCUUAGGGGAGGGGUAGGUGGGCAGUUUCCCAGAUACCUAAAUUGAUCCGACAAAUUUUUGAAGGGACGAAUUUUUCCCCUGUACAACACGUUCCGCACGGAACCAUGCAAAUUCUGUCACAGAUUGCUGUACUGUACUGUUUGCCGUUCAAAUACUUACACAGAUCCGCGGAUCCCGUGUAAGCGAAUAGCGGGUUUUUUCCUUUUUAAAAAAUUUUGUCCGCACCCAUGUAAACGGGUCUCAAGAAAGGCUGUUAAUUACAUUUGUAAGGAUUAGUUCAGUCGGUAGAGCGCUUGACCGGAGCAAUACUCAGGGUCUUACAAUAACUGAGAAAUGAAGGUACUCCCUUUGCACUGCAGCUGCGGCUGGACCUUCGCGUGGCUCCAGUAGGAGACGUAAAAUUAGUGUCCCCAAUUAGUACUUCCGUGCUAAAUGCACUGACACUCAAAUAAAGCGUUUGUUUUUAUUUAAUUUAUUUUUUUUAUAGCCGUCACUUUUACUCGUUGAAAUUUGUUCAUUGUUUUUUGCCUUCAAGACAAUUGCGACGGCUAUACGCGUGUACUGCAAACGAAUCCACCCUAAGAGUUAACGAAAAUUAUUCCCACUAACGAACCUCUUCUUCUCUUUUUGUCAAUGAAGGCAGCUAUGAGAGACCAAGGAAUCCGUGUGAACUGUAUCUGCCCUGGAAGGAAGGACACUGAAAUGGACUUUCCUAGACACAAACUAAGAAAGAAGGAAAUUGAAGCACAAGAUAGCCUCCCCAAACAACCGUAAGUUUGUCAGAAUUAGUUUAAUUCAGCUUUUUUCUAGCUGUUCCUUGCGUAACUUUUUGUUUUGUUUUUCCUAAGCUGGAAAUAACUAUAUUUUGAAACAUUUAGAAUUGAUUAAAUACUACCAUUAACCCGUUGCGGAGGUAUAUAAUGCCACUCGUAUGGGCAUGCGUAGAGAGUUCUUCGGGUCUAUGCUUCAGUAACACAGAGAACAGAACACAGAAGCUUCUACUAAAAAAGGUCAUAAAACGACUUUAAAGUAAAAAGUUUUAAACAACGUGAAAAUGUUUAACUCAAGGAUUGGGAGCUUUGGUAUAAUCCUAACUUUUGUUUUUUGUUUUGUUUUGUUUUUAAUAGGAUUUCUGCUGUUACCAAGGGCAUCAUCGAACUAAUUGAGGACGACACUAAAAUAGGAGAGGUUUUAGUUGUGUGUGAGACGGAUGGAACCAAGUACAAGCAGUUUUAGAUACAUUGGAUUCAAUAAGGUACGUUUCCUUCUGCGUUGAAGGCAAAUUGGCUUAGUUUGAGCGAUUUCUGAGUGCAUCUGGCACUGGCCAGUACUUUGAAAAUUAAUAUUGGAGAUGGUAAGGAGUUAUGGUGAGACUGUAACACUUGAAAGUUAUAAUGGGCACUGAUAAACUUGUGGUCCUCAAAUAAAUAGCGGAAAUCCUCUAUUUAGCUCACCCCUCUGAAAUAAGCCCUCUCCCCUCCUAGCCUCGGGAGAAGCAGCUUAUUACGCCCCCUCUCUUUAAGCCCUCCUUCCCCUCCCCCCACAUUAUUAAAUGAUAGACUGUAUUAAUUAAUCACGAAUGUAACACUUCAUUUUGGACAGAUCGCGUAUGGUUCUGAUUGAAGUGCUGGGAGUUUUUGAUCUUCAAAUUAACUCCUAUCAGAUUUUAUGUGCCCGAACUUUUCCACUUUUUGCUCUCGUUCUUUUUGACAAUUGAUACCAUCAUCUUUGCCAAAUUUAAUAAACUCCCUUCUCUCAAAUGAGACCCCCGUCUCUACUAUCCCCCCCCCACCGCUGAAACCUGACCCCGAGGGCGUAGAGUUUUUACAUGCUGUGGUAUUUUCAACUCCUUUGUCGAUUUAUGAGCAAAUAUCCUGUCUCAUAUUUCGGUAUACAAUUUAACCCAAUUUACGAACGCCCGCUUGAUACGGAAGCCUCAUUGUUACGGACAUUUUGCUUUGUCCCUGGGGAAAAAAGCCUUUAAAUUUUGUUUAUUUAACUUUAGAAAGUUCAACCAACCCACUUAAGGGGACACCCAGUUAGUACGGACACUUUCUCUGGCCCGCUCAGUGGCCAUAUUAACGGGGUUUGAUUGUAUUACAUGGAAACACUGUUUCACAAGCUUGUAAGGAUAGAGAGCUUAGAGCUCUGACUUCGAUAGUCCGGACAUCAACCGGAAGUUGUUUUCGUAAUAUUACCACAUACGUUUUGUGACGUCAGCGCUUUAUGCAAGGAACAUUUUAAAAAAAUGCCGGAGUUCUCUUGGAAGAGGUGAAAGUGUACCCUGAAACAAAGCUUGCCUGGAACUUCUGGUUGCUGUUCGUGCCUCUGGUAAGUCAAAGUUCUCGGUGUUAAGAACAUUGCGCCCAGUGAUUGUUAUAAGUACAUAGUUAGACUUUUUCUUGUUAUAAUACAAGCAGGCUCUUUGUAGUCAGUCUUCUGAGUGGUCUGGGCAAGUGAGGAUGGACAGGUUCAACCACGAGAUCGGAAAAAGCAAUCAAAUAAGCAAACAGAUGACCUUUAGCUUGUAAUAGCCCUUUUCACUGUCAUGAUCAGCACCUAUAUUGGUUUGAAGAAACAAAAAAAUGAAGUGGUACAUAAAGAAAGAAUUUGAUUAUUUCAUGUUUGGUACGGUACACCAAUAUGGCCACCACUUCACUGCACGGAAAAAUUACGCCACAGUGGAAAUCUACCUUAACUGACUGACUUGCUGACUGAGUAAUGGACGAUCUCACGAUCUUCAUCUUUUUACCCAUAGCCCUUCUCUCUCCGGGGGAACACUCGCCGACCAACAAGCUUAAGACAUUAGACUACGCCGGAGAUGGCCACCAUCUUGAGAAAUAGGUUCUACCAUUAUACAUGUACAAUUGCACUUUCUUUUUUUUUCUUGCAGGAGUAAACCAUUUUGCACCAGAUGCUCAUGCUGCGGUCGGUUAUCAUAGCUGAUCACAAGAGAGAAUGGAAUGAACAGAAAAAGGAAGAAUGAAAGAGUAGAACGAAUAGAAUAGAAUAGAGAGAAUGCUGAUCACCAAUGCAGCUCUAACUAGUAACUGCUGUAGAGAAAACUACGAAGUGAGGAGUCCAUGUAUUUGACAUUCAUCCAGAACGUUAGGAAUUGUAACAAGCCCUUGUGUGCUGUAACGUUAAGUAAACAGUAAAGACGAGAAAGGCAGAAAUACUUUAAGAUUCGAUCUUAGGAUAUUGCAAAAGUUGCGCGUUGUACUGGAAUUUAUCUUUCUUAACGUAACCAGCACUGAAAGGAAACAUGUUAAUACACGUCGAAUUAUUAAGGCUAGAUAGUGAUUUAAGUAUUUUAGAUAAGAAAAGACGAAGCAGGAGUUUACAAUGGCGAGCUGAAGUUGGCGAGCCAUUGUAAAUCCCAGAUCCGGAUCGAUCCAUAAAAUUCGUUGAAUUAAAACAGUCACACCGAAGCGAUCUGCAUCAAAAGUUAGUGAAUAUUGAUUCGCUGGGUAGGAGUUUGCAUAAAAGGUUUUUACUGUUUAGUAUAUAAUAAUCCCAGUUAAUUUGCAUGAAGUUUUAAAGCUAGAGCCCGGGAGGGGGGAGGGGGUGUACUUGAGUUAAUUUUUGCUGGGUAUGUGCCGCUAGCCUCUCAGAGCCCUUACCCCAUUGUAGUCUAUUCUGUUUCCAAUUAUAGACCCCAUCUUAGUCACUUUUAGGCAAAUGUGUAAUUUUCGCGAUCCCAACUUAGUCACUUUCUAUUUAUCCCAACUUAGUCACUUUCUAUUUAUGCAUCUACUUUACUUUUCACCUACAGUACAAACAUUGUGGUACGUUUGCUAACCGUAAAUGUGAAAAACUGUCUUACCCCAAAAAUCAGAAAAUGUGCGACCCCAUUCUAGUAACUCUAUCGAAAAUGCGACCCCAGUGUAGUCACUCCAGUCGUGAAAAUGCGACCCCAUCUAGCGGCACAUCCCCAUUAGCCUCCUCUUAUAAGGAAGUACCCCCCCCGGAGCUAGAAGUGCAUGCACAAAUCAGCAGUCAAAAUCAACAACAAAAUGACCGAAGCUUGUCCGUUUUACACUGGAGUUAAGCAAGGUUGUAUGUUAUCACCCACCCUUUUUAAUCUCUAUCUAAGUGAUCUACCCGAAUUUUUAAAUUCACCAAGCUCAACCGAUAUUCUGCUUGAUUACUCUGAAAGACCUAUAAACACUCCUCAACAAGUUGGAAUCCUACUGCGAGAAAACUGAACUAUCUGUAAAUCUAGAAAAAACAAAAGUCAUGAUCUUUAAUAAUUGUGGCAAGUCCUUAAAUAACUACUCGUUUAAGUAUGGAGUAAAUAAACUAAACAAUGUUAAAUCUUAUAAAGAUCUUGGAAUGACACUGAACCCGUAUGAAAAAGUUGGUUUAGCUAGAGAAGAGUUCAAAAAAGUUGUACUUAAGGCACUUUAUAAACUAAGAAAAGAGGUGGGUGACAACUUUAGAGCAAAUAUUAUGUUGAGAAUUAAGCUAUUCGAUGUUCUGAUAUCCCCCAUACCUCUCUACGUAAGUGAAAUUUGGGUUGUUGACUCUAACGACCAAAUAGAAAAAGAUCCCGCAGAAUUAGUUCAAAUUAAAUUCUUGAAAUGGUUGCUAGGUGUUAAUAAGUACUGCAGCAACAAUGUAUGUAGGGCUGAAACAGGAAGAUUCCCAAUAAAAAUCGAAGCACAAUAUAGGAAUUUUAAGUUUUGGAUAACUCUAACCAAACACCCAAAACACAAAUUAUCACAGGUGGUUUAUAAUGAUAUGAAGUCGAGGAUGAAUAAGGAAUUAUGGAGCCAAAAAAUCAAACGCGUAUGAGAUCAAAUAGGGUCAGAAUACCUCUGGACAAAAGCACAUGAAAAUGACAUAGGAAUCUUGAACAUUAUCAAACAAAGACUGAAAGACAUCGAAUUACAAAGAUGGUUAAGGGACGUAAACAAUGACGUAAGAAAAGACGCCAACCAACAGAACUAAGUAAGAACCUUCCAAAAAUUUAAAACAAUAGAAAAUUAUAAAUGUGAAGAUUAUCUCCGUCAGGUCACCAACAUCCGACACCGGAUAACUAACUAAACUCCGUCUAAGUAAUCACAAAUUGGCGAUAGAGACAGGUCGGUAUGUAAGACCUUAUAAGAAACCGGAAGAGAGGAUCUGUCCUAUCUGUAAAAAAGACGUAGAAGAUGAAAUACACUUUUUAACUCUGUGCCCUGCGUAUCAAGAAGAAAGAAGUACUUUAUUUGAAUAAUACCGAAUAUCAGUAAACAGAAUGGCACCAGAUGAUGUUUUUCUGUUGUUAAUAAACCCUCCGAGCAAGAACAAACCAGUGCAAAAGUUGAUUGCAAAAUACGUAUUCGACUGCUAUGAGAAAAGAAGAUCAUUAGCUCUUUAGGUUAACAUUAAUUAUAGUUCCACUAGUGUGCAAUUUGUGUUAUGAUUUUAAGUUAUUUGGAUAAAGUCGAUGUACAUAGGACUGCAUAAGACUCCAAAUAAAGCAUUGUCUUUUCUUGUCUUGUCUUGUCUUGCACAUGUGACUCAAAUACUACCUAUUGAUUGGCCAUUAUAGUUUUGAUGAAUAACUAAUGAAUUUUAUAACUUGAGCAAAUGUACUCAAGGUGUUCAGUAACAUUUAUGGUUAGUUUUUUACAACUCUAUCAAAGAAAUUUGAGUCUGCCGUUAUAGAAUGAUUUUACUUGACCCGUGAAAUAGGGAGUAGAAUACUAGAGAUCUGUCAUAUAACUCCAACUAGAGCAACUAUAGUGCAAAAGUGUACUAAAUGUGUAAAAUACGCGAGGUGUUUUCCCAUGGGUAACUUUCAUUCAUUCAUUCAUUCAUUGAUUUUUCCAUUUACCAGAAAUACAACAAAAUUAUACAGAAAAACAUUAAAGAUAAUAUACAAUAUUCCAACUAAAUUAUUUACAAGAUCAAAUGUGGUAAAGGCAAGGAAGUCUAUAUUAUAUAUAGAAGCCGGGGGCUUAUAAACUAUAGGCUUCCUGGAACUAUAGGGUAAACCAUACAAGUUAAGGGUACUGAAUGAAACUUUGGAUUAAUAAAAAAAAAAAAAAAAAGAAGAGAAAAAAGAAAAGGUGUGCAGCUCAACAAAGAGUCAAUUUAACUAAGAAAGAAGGAAUUUUUUAAGUCUUUUGCCAAACAAACUGAUACUUUCACUGUUUUGAAUUUCCCGACUUAGCGAGUUGAAAAACGUAGGACCUUGAAACCGAAUUGAGAACUUGUCCUUUAUUUGCGGCAGGCACGAAUAGAACCAUCAAGUAAAAGACGAUUUGUGUGGCAAAAAUCAUUUUAUUUUCAGCGUUUUCGCUUACAAAUACUAUCAGCUGAAAAAAAUGAACAAAAGCAAAUUUACAGUUCAAUGUUUAGUCCUCGUCGCUACUGUCGCUAUCGAAUUUAUCUAGGAUGCGUUUUAUUUUACUCAUCAUUUUCACAGCCUUGCCUUGCCGUGCGGGAUUCGCUUCCUCCUGGGAGAUCAGCAUCGGCAUCGGUGCCUGAACUAUCUUCGUCAAGACAUGCUGCCUGGCUAAAUUUCGCAGAUUUUCGCUCUUCUGGUGACUUAUAUUGCGUAUCGCAUCCUGUUAUCCACAAUAGUCUGUGACAUCGCCGUCUUGUUUGUACUUGUCGUGGCAGUCAGCUGUUUAGCUUUUUGGAGGUGUUGGAAAACAAUUCGUGUCAUUAAUCCUUUUGAUCAAUGAUUCUCUUGGGGUAGAACGAUAGUAUGCCCUGAUGCUUUCGUUCUUCGUAAAAUUUCCAGCCGGUAAAUGUUUUGAUGAUGUAUGAUGACCGAUAUUGAAAAAUGGAAACACACGUGAGUUGCAAUAUAUGUCUCUGCAAAAAGUAAUUUGCAGAUAAAGCAAAAUAAAAAUCUUUCAAAAACUGGAUUCUUUUGAUCCUUCAGUCUUACUACGAAUAAAUGCCGUUGAGUUUUCAAAAAAAUGUCAGGGGGAAAAUUGGGAAAAUGUCGGCAUCUUAAAGCGUUUGCAAAAAAGAAGUGCAUUUUCCGUCUACUUUAAGUAUCUUUUAAAGCCCCGCCCAGGUUUUAUUUUUUAAAACUUCGUCUACGAUCUUUAACUCGCUGAUAAAAAAAAUAUAUAUAUAUUCACGCUGCACUGCCCCAUAAAUGCCGCGAGGCCGCAUAGGGAUGAACAGACAAAGAAAACAGAAAGCUUACCCGUGCGUCGAAAAGAUCAUUACAUAUUUUGUGGAUCUUUCUGCUACUGUGACUCAUUAGCACAUGGUGUUGAAGUUAUGUGAAAGAUCUCUACUAGGCACUAUUAUACACCAAUUCCGUUAUCUUCUUUUGUUUAUCUGUGGCUAUUUUUCACUAUUUGUUGUUAUCUGUUUCACGGUUGAAGUAAAAUCACUCUAACUUGCUCUCCGACCAAACACUGUUUCGUGCCGUAUGUAUUUCCUUGUCUUCAAUUGAGGCGCACCUCAAUAGAAGUUUUAAGCUUUUGCUCUACGCCAGAUUCUUUCGCGUAAAAGCACGUUCUUAUGUAAUGUAGCGGAGGUUAAACUCAAUAGCGCGUUUCCUUCGAUUCGAGUUCCCAUCUAAAACCUUGACAAUACAGUAAAAACCUGCGAGUACGAACCUGAAAUUUCCCUAGUUAGCCCAAAAGUAGGCUAUUUAGUUUCUUAAAUAAGUUAUAAGUUUCCGAAGAACAAAACCAAAAAGCUUACUAAGUGAAUGUUGACUAAUAUCUUAUUUGCCCUAGUGAAAAGAAUUUUUGCAUAGAUUAAAAAAAAAGAGGAACCUGUUUCAAAUUAUUUUUAGGUUAAACGGGUUCUUCCAUAGAGGUGGCCUGACUGGCAAAUCUUAACAGAUCUUAAAAGCCCUGUUCUUACUCGCAGGUCCUUUCUGCAUUUCAUUUGAAAAGUAUAAUUAUUGCUCGUUGUUUAUGUGCUUUAGACACAGUGUGCACGCACGCGGGGCGAAGGUUUCUCGCUUGACCUACAAGGCCAUAAUUAAAAAAAAAAAUUCCAUCACGCAAUCAGAAUGACAAAUUUGUUUGUCUCUACGACCACUAUAAAGCCCUUGACAAAGUUUGCCUUUAUAAAUUAGGAAACUCGUUCACAGCUGAAACAAGAAUUAUUAUUAGCUAUUAUUACAAAAAAGAAACCUUUAAAGAUUAGCAAGGUUUAACAAAAUUUGGCCGAAAUUAAACUAACUAACUAGCUAAAUAAUUAUAUAUUAAAGGUUCGUUAUUAUUAUGAUGGGACUUUCAGUUUCUCCCCAGGGAUUUUUACGUACAUUGCUAAAUACCAAAUGUAUUGCCGCGUAUUUUCAUAUAAUUGAGUCUGUGUAAUAAUUCUUUCGCAUAUUUACGUCAGUGCGUCUUUUGUAUAUAACAUCCUUAUUACACAUACGUUUUUUAAAGAAGGUGUUGAUUUUCAUUUGAACUCCAUUGGUGUAAACUUUUAGUUCGCAGCUCUUAUGUAUCCUUCUACAACCUCGGUGCUUGUUCAUCAUCAAGCAUAAUCUCUUCAAUUUGCGGAAUUUAUAAUGCAGCAGUCGCGUUCAAUGAUGCAUUACAAAUUAUAAUUUCUUCAGACAUGGCAAGACACAAGCUGUGUAAAAGAUAAAGGUCGUUUUAGAAGAGCAAAAAGUGAGCCUACAAAAGCAACUGCAUCUAAAAAGAACACACCCCACUAUAGGACGAUUUCAAAGGUAGCGUUUGUGGCAGGAGUCGAAAAGGCAAUGCAAGGGGAGGAAGGGUUUUGAGAAUGUUUGCUUUCUCUUGACUUUCCAUAUGUUUUUCUUACCAGUCAUAUUUGCAAAAACUCUGCAUGAUCUAUGUUUCACUGUCACUGAGUAUAUUAAGGACAAUGAAGUUCAGGUUGAUCGCAUCUAUCAAUCAUUUAAUCUAAUUACAUUUUAAGCAUAACUUAUGGCAAUUAUUAAUAUUGCCAACACGAAAACGUCAUAUUAAACUAUCUAUGUUUAAAUCAACGCAGGGUUAAUCACGUACCAGGCAAUGUCGUCAGAUAGUAAUAUUAAUAUGAAGCUCUUAAUGGUUGCACUGAUACUUUGUCUGGCGUUCGUUGGAGAUGGUAAGUUUGCACUGAAUUGCACCCAAAGAAAAUCCCAGCUUAAUUUCCAACCAACUAAGUAUUUCACGCAGACAGGACCUGCACUAAAGUGAUCAUCUCUGCUGAGUGCCUUCUACCUUCAUCACAAUUUAAGACUUAGAACUUGCACUGAUGCCACUAGGGAAGAUUUGGCCGGAAAAUGCAGUAUAAAUUAGCGAUCAGGUGCUAUUUUCGUUUCGCCGAGUAAACAAAAUCUGGAAGCGCAAGAGAACUGCUGUGAGAGCGGCGCUAAAAUUCUGCGCUGAUCGCAGGUUAACUCAGAGUUAUGUAGUUAUAGAGACCAUUGCUUUAGCACUUUUACUUGAAGGACAUUCAGGGGUGCAUAUUGAAGCCACGUUCAUAGUUCAUGAAUAACAUAUAUAAGAAGCAUUACAUAUUAAAACCGAAAAAUUCAAAGGAUAGGCCUUCAAAUUCAAAUAGGCCACUUGCACGAAGAGGACACGUAACCAAUGCUUCCUUUAAACAAUGAGUUGUAAUCUUGCUGAUGCCAAAAAUUGACAGUGCACACAAAAAUUAUUUUACACCCGAAAUUUGAGAGGAAACAAAGUAGUAUGAUUUGUUGAUUGGCCGCCAUGUUGGAGGGCAAGAGUGGCGGCCAAAACGACUUUUUGCUUAUAUCUUGUUAAACGUUUGAUAGUUACGCUCAGAUGUACUGUAAACGUUACCACGUUUUCAACAUUUCCUCGAAGUUUAAGUGCAAAAUUUGUUGUUAGGAAGAGGUAGUUCAUAAUUUUAAAAAUCACAUUUUGGUCACGUGACCAGCUACGAGCCUACUCAUUUUAAGAAAAUGGUGCGGGUUUGAAAAAUCAAAUCACUAUUAUUUUGUUUAAGAUAUGACCCACUAAUCGUUUUUUGAAGCCAAAAAGUUAAAAAGGAUGUCACAUGACCUCUUAGGUAAAUGCAAAUGGCUUAUUCCAUCUAAAAAGCUAAACUUGCAAAUUGGUAUGAAAAUAGAUUUCCAUCAAAGUAAUUAAGUUAAAUUAUGUACAGUCAACUCACAAAGGGCUAGAGCUCGAAAGCUUUUACGCUUUUAAAACUUUUGUGUCAUUUAAUCUUAUCAUCUCAGUUGAUAUUUAACAUAUUUUUUUGGUCAGUUGUUGAGACCGCGAUAUAAGGUAGUCGGCGGGCUCAAAAACCUGUUUAAGACUCAGUGUGUUAUACGUUAAUGUUUUCUUUGGUCUUGACACUUUUCGCGGAAAGCAGGGUCAAAAUUUAAAGGUUGCUCAAACUGAGAUUGGUUUAGUCAACAGGACGCAGUUUCGUUAAGCUAUAGGUGAGACCCGCUUUUUCAGUUACCGUACCUAAUACUGUACAAAGAUGCCCUCAAACGAGGCAGGAAAUCAUAUAUUGGAUGUAGUAUUCAGGGUAAAGAUUAGAGUUUCUAAAAAAGUCAGCUUUUCCGAAAACAACACAUCCCUAUCGUCUUGGUAACACCAUUGCCUUUUCUACAUUUCCUCAUUUUUGGGAAAAUCGAGGCAUUCGUUAUAAAAGCUUUCAACGAGACUUGUAAUUCAUAUAAUUAUCUUACGUUAUUUAAGUUGUACCAAUUUUUUUUAGUGCAUCUUUAAUUGAGAGAGCUCUGGUUGGUUAUUUUUCUGCUCCAACGAAAUCAAUAAUAAAGAAACGUAUUCUCCAAAACCGAUGUGAAACGGUGUUCGCAGGAAGUAAACUUUGACAUUUUAUACUACCACGUGAGAAAUUACUGCAAUUUGAUUGGCUUAGAGCAGUGGCAUUUCAGCUUAAUUUGAAAUACCUACAAGUGAAAAAUACAAACCUUUUGCGGGUAGUAGUAUAAACAAAUAAGAGCAUGAUUUGUACGUGAUAUUUGGCAUAAAUACCACUCUUGAUAUUUCAAAAUUGUCUCAAAUUUCAUUCGCCUAACGGCUCGUGAAAUUACGUAUAACAAUUUUGAAAUAUCAAUCGUGGUAUUUAUGCCAAACAUCCCUGCUAAUCAUGCUAUUACCUAUGCAAAUUGUUUUUACAGUUUCCACACUUAAAAGAAUGUUUUUAAGCACUUCUAGUCAAAUUAAAAAACAACUUGAAUUCAAAGCCAGCGGUUUUUCCUCUAAAUCUUCUGAUAGUUUUGUUAUUGUUACCUUGCAAGUAAACAGUAAAAUGAGUUAUGACAAAAAGAUGAAGUAAAACUUUUGAUUACGUUUCACAGUGUUGGAAAUAGGAUAAAGAGCUUUCUUUCGUUUUUAUUUUUAAGAUAUCUAAUUCUGAAACCACUAAAAACAGAUUGCACCAAAGUUUACUUCCCACGGAAAAGGUGCUAAAAAUGUCUGUUUAAGGAAGAGCAUUGUUUGUGAUUCGUUUCGUUGUUGAAGCCAAACGUUCUCAUAAAAAAAAAGAAAGAAAAGUGGAGCAACUCAAGAUAAUUAUAUGAACUACAAGUUCUGAUUAUAAAAAGUUCCAGAAACUUGUAGGUUUCUUACAAAUUGAGACAAUGUAAAAAUGCAAGAGCAUCACCGUGUUUCCAUGGAUACGUUGUUCUCAAAACUGACAAUUUUUGAAACUCUAAUCUAUACCCUAGAAAUGAAUACAAUUUGUAUUUCGAGUUCGAAGCCGAGAGUUAGGUAUACUUACUAAAAAGCAAGGUCGAACCAACUUAAACACAAGGCGAACUCGAUGUUCAAACAAACGACCACAAUAUGGAAUUUCGACCAGACUACAAUAUUUGAACUGUAUUAAGCUAUAUUAAGCGAAGAAUGAUUCUUGGAGUAACUAACGUAGUGAAACGAACCCUGUGUUCAUGAAAAAAACCGUGAAGGCACCGAGCGUGAACUCGAGGCGAGACUAACAAACUCAGAGUCCCGUUGAUGUUGGGUGUUUUGAUGGUGAGAGGAUCUUCGUUUCAGGAUGUUUUGUUAUCUAAAAAGAAUAAAGUGUUGGUCUUUUUCUGUUUUGUAAUUAACCUAGCUAGUAACAUGAUAUAAAGUGAUAAGUGAUAAGUGAGUGAUAUAAAGCUUUAAGAAUUGCACAACUAGUAGAAACAUUUGACUUUGACUUAAGUUUGCUUCUGUCAACCUGACGAAUCUUCUAUAAGUUUCAAGGAAGUGAUGCUCAGAACCUUUUCGCACUUUCGAAUUAAAGUUUUAUCAAAACUAAUAUCUGCAUGACCUACGAGGAUGGAGCGUUCGCUCGUGUCGGCCCUUUCCUGUGGAACACUCCGGCUUCCUGUAGGUAUUUAGGAGCAUCCGGAAUAUUCAGGGUUUUUGCCGGGCUCGAAAUCUCUCGAAACCUCGUCCCUGAAGGAAUUUGCGUUGCUUAACCCAUUCGUCCCUGGAAAUUUUGCUGGUCACUGUCACUGUCGAGCUAUAAAGAGCUACAACUUACCAUGAAGCCAUCUACAGGUCGUACACUUCGCGGAUUUCUGAACCAGAUGUAAAAUAUUAGCUUGCGACGUUCGUUUUUUCGCCUUCUAGCCUCACUUUUUUUCUUUUGCUGGGCGUUUAGUAGCCUUUAUUUUGGUAGGAAAAGGUUUAAGGAAAGGUUUUAGGAUCUUAGAAUUAGAUAAAAGGAAAGGAGGGGCAAGUGGAACAAGAUUUUCAUGGAAAUUUUCAGGUCAAUGUUACAUGGUUUUUUUUAGCAAUUUUCUGAGUUGUGCUCUUUCUGGUAUGGUUUCAAAGAUCUCUUCGCUCUGCACAAGUUAGCUAUCAACGUUGACCUUGACCAUAAAAAAUGGUGACGCCGCAAGCGGUAAAAGGGACGGUGGAUCCGCACGAGCGGUUAACGAGGGCUCAGGGGCGAAUGGGUUAAUGAAUCAUUUCAUGCACAGUGUACAAUUGCGUUUUCAAUUGAUUGAUUUGUGUUAUUUUAAUUUUCUCUGUGUUAACUAUUUGUUAUUAUUUGCUUGGGUAUAAAGGCAUUCAUUUAUUGGUAAUUUUUGUUUUUCCCACAACUGAAUAAGUCAUGUUAGUCCCACAGCUGAAUUACCUGGUACGUGAGUAACAAAAAAGAACAAUUCGCGUUUGAACAGAAAUUUUUAGGUGUUGGGAAGAGUGGAAAGGUGUGUAUGUGAUUCGUUUCUGGGAUAUGGCUUGUUUCAAAACUUUUUUCCAUGUAAUUAUGUUUUGCGUGAUAUCCGACUUGUGUUUUCAAUAACAAUAAACCAAUCUGUAUUCCUUAUUUUGGAACGAAGCUACCAUAUUUAUACUGCAUGCAGUAUUUAAAUUAAGAGUGGAUGAUGCGAUAGAGCGUCACAUAACGUCACGAUUGCCAUAUUGGGUUUCCAAAACCGAAUGAAACGGCGGCCAUGUUGGUGUUCCAAUACAAUCCAAUGGGAGGUGAACUCUUUUCAUAUAAUUAUGUAAAUGCUUUCUUUAAUAUUCCAAUAAAUUUGCAUAGAUGCUGAUCACGUGAGUGAAAAUACUCUAUACGUUAUCCUAAUUCAACGGCAGGGAAAGGAGAGUUUUUUUGUUGUUGUUAAUUUGACUUCCUAAAGAGCUCUUUUGUUAAAUACGUUUUUGGUACGUAAUUUCAACGGGCAAAUGUGAAAAACGGUUAAUUAAUUUCGCGUGUUUAGAUUUCACGAGGAUUUUUAUUCACGGGUCUUUAGAAUCACGAUUUCAAGUAACUAAGCACCAAUGACGUUGUAAUUUUUUUGUUUGUUUUUAAAGGUGUUGCGAAGGAACCAACCAAAAGUUAUGUUACUGCGACAACUGAAUCACCAGGAGGUACAUUUUUACUAUCAAAAGUAACAACAAACGGUGCCAUGUUAAUAGAAAAUUGUUGAAAAUCGUACGAGAACAAAAAACAACGACUCUCUACUAACAUACACAAAAACCAAGAAGUACAAUGUAUUGUGGGGGAUUACUAAAGUGGUUACUCAAACACGAUAAACAUUUCACUUUAACAGCACAUUCUGGGUUUUGGUUCUGUCAUCCUGCCCUUUCCUGGCAAAAGCAAGUUUGAUCAUGUUUUUGUUACAUACGAGUCGUAAAGUCAUCCAUGUGGCGCCUCCGCAUUAAUUUUGUAUCUUUAGAUAAAACAUUUGACGAUUAGCUAAACUACGGAAAGUCAUGAAAACUUGACUUGAUAGCCUAGCAAGUUUGACAUGUUUCCGUUACGUACGGGUCGUAAAGGCACCGAUGUGAGGGGCUCCACAUUGACUUUGUAUGUUUAGGAAAAAUGGCGCAAAGACCUGACUUGAAUGGGUUCCUUUACUUUUUUUUUUCUUUAAGGCGUAACGGGAGAAACAACUACAAGUACCGGUAAUACGUAUCUAAUUUAGAACGAUGUUAUUUGUAAACAGUAUAUUCCUGACUCAUUUCAUACCAGGUAUUUUGAGGGUGGGGAAAUCAUCUUCAACCCGCACUUGUCUCUUGUUGUAAGUCGCCCCAUUCUGCACUAGGGAAUCCAAGAAAGUCUUGGAUUCCGGAUUCCGCGCCGUGGUUUUAGGAUUUUCGGAUUCUGUCAGUGGAACUUGGAUUCCAGAUUCCUUGAGCUUUAUUCUGGAUUCCAAAGCUCAGGAUUCCUCGCCGUAGAUUCUGGAUUCCAGAUGAUGGAUUCUUCAUUCUUUCUCACUGGAAUUUGGAUUCUGGGUUUUAAUCUUUAGUGGGAUCAGCAUCUGGAUUCCUUGAGCUGUAUUUCGGAUUUGCAAAGCUCAGGAUUCUGGAUUCCACCAAUCAAAUUUGCUGGAUUCCGGAUUCCACAAGCAAACAUUUGGCGGAUUACGGAAUUCGGAUUCCCUUACUUAGGGCAACUGCGAUUGCCUUGUCGAUUGAUUCCUUUAAAAUGAUAAGGAUUUUUUUCCUACGUGAUAUGCUGUUAUUUCACCUACUCGCCGUAUCCUCUUUUCUAUUUUCGAUUGAACGUCGGGUCUAAGUGGCUGGGGUUUUUAAUAAGGUCGCAGGCAUCUCAUAAAGGGAAAAUUUUGACGGCUCAUGUUUGGGUAGAGGUAUACCUCCGAGGCCUUUAAGCACUCACCCUUUUUAAUAAUGGUAACGCGGGAGUUGAUCUCCACAUUUCUUUGUAAGAUACUCAGCCAACCUUAAUCUCCUCAACGUCUUGGAAGAAAGUUUCCUGACAAUUUUAAUUAAGCAACUUUAGGAAAUAAAAUGCUUGGCUAUCGAAAAAAAUCAGCUUUAUCUUCGCGGGGGGUCGAGACCAGAAAUUGAGCUAUGCCUUAACAUACUUUAAAAAAACAUUGAGCGCGGAGGAUAUACCACUAAUAGAGGACGUGUUUCUAUUGCAAGAUGUCAUGUUGCAAAAAGUUUCACGCGUGUUACUAAAAUGGUUACUGGAACACGGUAGACGUUUAACUUUAAAAGCGUGUUCUGGGUUUUGGUUCUCCAAGCCCUAGCAAAAGAAAGUUUGACAUGUUUCUGUUACAUACGGAUCGUAAAGAAAGGCAGUCCGAUGUGGCGGCUUCAUCAUCAACUAUGUAUGAUUAAAAGUAGGUUGAGUUUGAUCGUCCGGGAAAACGUUAUAGUCCUGAAUAGGACUGUUGUUGUUGACAGUGACUGACGUUUUGACAACCUGUGCGGUAGUCAUCUUCAGAGUCAAAGUGAGUUGUAUUACGUCAGUUGAUGGUAUUAUACUCUGGUUAUUGACCUGAUUGGUCAACUACGUCGCGAUGUUAUUGGUCGUCUUUCAGUUAAGCCGUGAUGGUAUUGGCUAUGAAGACUCGUAAUCAGUAAUUGGUGCGUUUCGAUCCGUCUGUUGUCACCGUUAAACAGUCGUCUAUUGUUAGUCAAAUUGUCAGUUCUCCAGUCGUUCUCUCGUAGUUAGUUUUGCUUGAUCUCGUCAAUAAGUCGUUUGUACGGCGUUGGUAACUGUUGGCUACGAUUCAGUGGCAUUUGUUCUAAGUUAGUAAACCAGCUUCCUAAAGUAAAACGUUGAUAGUAGUCUGUAGAAUACGUUAUACAUGUCGCAGAGUCCCAGUCAAUUUGAUGUUUGAUGAUCUGCCAAACUGCCUAGAAUUCUCUGUUCCUCAGAUGUAUACUGACCACACACACUUUACUUUUGCCGGUAGAGAGCCUGAUCUUAUUGAGCGCAAUCUAAACUAUGAUUGAUUGGUCAGUGGCCAACAAACUGACACUAAACAAAUCCAAAACUGAAUUCGUGGUGAUUGGGACUCGGCAAAGGUUAAGGACUCUUGACCUAUCUCCUGCUCUUGCGAUUGAUAAUUCUCCAAUCUCUCAAGUUGCCUCUACCAAAUCUCUUGGGGAGCACGUCGACGAGCAUCUUUCCUGGAAUACACACAUUACUAAAAUCUCUCAAAAAAGUAGCUUCGGGCAUUGGUGCCCUAAAGAGCUGUCGUCUUAAUUUGCGCGUGCAAUUCGAUAAUCCAGCCACACUUUGAAUAUUGUGACAUAGUGUGCAAUAAUUGCGGGGCAACUAACGCCAUGAAGCUGCAGAAGCUCCAAAAUCGCGCUACCAGGAUUUUGACUUCCUCUGACUACGACGCUGAAGGCGAGCCACUUUUUCAGCAGUCUAAUUGGACUCAACUUGCUCGUCGUCUUGAACUUCCACAGUAAACUUGGUUUACAAAUGUACUCACGGUUUAGCGCCUGAAUAUUUACAGGAUAGAUUUGUAAACCGUGUUUGGAAUUAAUUUUUAAAAGAUUCUUCUAAUAAAUUUGAUGUCCCUCUCCCCCGCACCAAUGAUCUUAAAAAUAGUUUUCGUUAUAGUGGGGCGGUCUUAUGGAAAGGUUUGCCUUCUACUCUUCGGCAAGCAGAAUCCAUACACAGUUUUAAAUCUGGCUGCAAGGAAUUCUGCAAAUAAUAUACACUCGGCACCCAUGGAAAUUUAUGUUCUAUUUAAUAAGUAUCAUAACGCUUUGUAGCCUCUUGACUUUACUAUGAGACAGUUAAUUAAAAGAUUCAAUUUAUUUUUUUAAAGGCAUGACAGCGGGUACAACUACAAGUUAUGCUACCCCUACCUCUGGAUCACAUGGUAACGUAGUAUUACAACCUUAAGAGUGAUUGUUGAGUAGUCAUCAUUUCAGUUUUCAUGUUGGCGUUGCGAGAAAAUAUAUCCCAUUAUUGGCGCAGUUGCAGCUCUGUCCAAUAACUCGGAUUUUCCGAUCCUUUUUCCCACUAACCUAUAUUUAAGGCAGAAUUGUGUUUAUAGAAUCUGAUAGUCAGCAUUAGAAUCGAACCUAUAGACAACAGCUCCGGCCCAUUGAACGAGGACAAGGUUAUUGAUUCGCCUUUCCUCCCUUAGUGAAAAAAGAAUAAAAUCCAACAAACAAGGAAAUGAAAUCUUUUAACGCCUAUGUGGACAGAGGUUAACGUUGAAGCAAAUUUAAAGAGGUAAUUGUUGCUACGCUAGUUUUACUCUACCCUUUCUAUCCGUACUUAUUUUCUGCGUUAAUCUGACUUUUAUGCUUCCACAGCUGUCAAUCCAACAACAUGUAACUUGUGCCUGGGUUCGGGUAAUGUUGAGCUGUGUGAAGGCGAAAAUUUGCAGAUUCAGAUGCCUUGUUCUAAUGACACAUUCCCCAACAUUGGCACAACUCACUGUUAUACAGCAGCAGGAACAUUCAAGUUUUCCAGCGUGCCUGAGGUUAAUUACACAGGCUUUGCAAGAGGAUGCAUCAAUUGCACA